CGAAUUCACAUUCUGCAAUUCUGGGUACAAUAUGUGAUUGUAACGUAGACUGUCAUCAGUUCACCAAUUCGUAAGGUUGUGAUCAUACAUUGAGUAAAGUUAAGCGCAAACUAUUCAUUUUUACAGUAUCGUAGAAAAAACUAGUACAUGUACCAGACAUCAACAUCUACGAAUGUGAGCAAAAACUAUUGAAAUCCAACUGCUGUAAGUAGUUCAGUGUGAAGCGGGUCUCAUAGUCCGAAAUACGAAAAUAAAAAUACUCGAGCUACUAAACAGAGUUUAAAUGCAAUUGACAUGGAACAGUACUUAAAGUGAUCACACACGCAAUAGUUGCAAGGUUCUUAUCGCUAAAAAUAUUCCGUAUAUGUAUUAAAUUGUGAUAGUGCAAAUCGGGGAAUAACAGCAAAUCAACUAAAAUCAAAUUUUGUGAAAAAUAAAGUGAAGUUCAAAUUAUUAAAAAAAAACAAAUAUUUUCUGUGGAAAGUUAACUUCAGUAAGAUGUCUACUACAAGUUUCGUUAUUAAUGGUACACCGUACACUGUUAAUCUUUUAAAUUUUCCUCCGGACAUCACACUUAACACUUUCAUACGCGAGCAUGCGCAACUAACAGCUACGAAGUUCAUGUGUCUUGAAGGUGGCUGUGGAGCAUGCAUCUGUGUAAUCAAAGGAAAACAUCCUGCAACUGGAGAACUACGAAUAUGGGCAGCGAACUCGUGCCUUACUUUACUUAACACCUGCACAAACUGGGAAAUUAUUACUUCUGAAGGUAUUGGCAGUAAGCGCAUAGGCUAUCAUCCAAUACAAAAAAUGUUGGCCAAGUUGAAUGGCAGUCAGUGUGGUUUUUGUUCACCAGGGUUUGUUAUGAACAUGUAUGGUUUACUGGAAUCAAAAAAUGGCAAGAUUAGUUCAGAAGAAGUUGAAAAUAGUUUUGGUGGCAACAUAUGCCGUUGUACAGGCUACAGACCUAUUCUAGAUGCAAUGAAAUCUUUUGCAGCCGAUAACACAUACGAUAUGUUACUUGAUAUUGAGGAAUUAAAUGAAAAAUGUUGUAAAAAAACUGCAAACAAAUGUUGUCCUCUUCAGCAAAAACCAUUGAAUCACCUCAUGUACGAAGAUGAAAGCCAAUGGUUUUGGCCGAAAACAAUUGAAGAGCUAUUUACUGCUCUAAAUGGAGUUAAAGAGGAUGAAUUUAUGUUUGUAGGUGGAAAUACUGCACAUGGCGUCUAUCGUCGUACUGAAAGUAUUAAGAGUUUUAUAGAUAUCAAUGAAAUACCCGAACUAAAGACAUAUACCAUCGAUGAUGAAACUCUUAGUUUAGGCGCGAAUUUGAGCUUAACCGAAGCUAUGGAUAUUUUUAAAGUAGCAGCACAAAAAGCUGGUUUCGAAUAUUGUGAACAAUUAUGGAAACAUUUUGAUCUCAUAGCGAAUGUACCUGUGCGAAAUAAUGGUACCUUGGCUGGUAAUAUUGCAACUAAGAAAACGCAUAUGGAAUUUCCUUCUGAUGUUUUCAUAACUUUUGAAAGCUUGAAUGCUCAGGUGGUUUACCAUGAGAGUGAAUCUGAAACCCAAACGACGGAAUUACUAGAAUUUUUGAAAUUGCCCGAAAAGAAGUUAUUGAUAACCGCAUUUAUUUUAAAAGCAUAUCCCCAAGAAAAUUUUAAUUUUAUGUCUUACAAGAUUAUGCCACGUGCACAAAAUGCACAUGCCUAUGUUAACGCUGGCUUUCUCUUUGAGAUGGACAAAAAAAGUGGUCAGGUAAAUUCUGCUCGUAUUUGUUUUGGAGGUAUCAGACCUGACUUCAUACAUGCGACAGCAGUAGAAAAUAUGCUACAAAAUCAGAAAUUGUUUGACCAGCAAACUGUAGCUCAAAUAUUUAAGAGACUUUCAGAAGUCUUAGAACCUAAUGCUGUUUUACCAGAUGCUUCACCUGACUAUCGCAAAAAGCUAGCCUGCGGUUUAUUCUAUAAGUUUUUAUUGAAUGUGGCACCAAAAGAGUUAGUGAAGGAGGCAUAUAAAUCUGGAGGUCAAUUACUGGUUAGACCAAUUUCAUCAGGUUCCCAAAAAUAUGAUACGAAUGAGAAAUUUUAUCCUGUAUCCCAACCGGUGGAAAAAUUGGAAGCAAUGAUACAGUGUGCUGGUGAAGCCACUUAUAUGAAUGAUACACUUACCACUAAUAACUCCGUAUAUUGCGCUUUUGUAGGCGCAACAAAAGUAGGUGCUAAGAUAGAAAAUAUUGAUGCUACGGAAGCGCUAGAAACGCCUGGUGUUAUAUCGUUUUUUAAAGCAAAGGAUAUACCAGGUGUUAAUAGCUUCACUGCUGCUAGUUGUGGUUACGAUCUAGAGGAAAUAUUUUGUUCUGAAAAAGUAAAAUACUAUGACCAACCAUUGGGUGUUAUAGUUGCCACAUCUAGUGAUAUAGCUAAUCGUGCUACUAAUAAAGUAAAAGUUAUAUAUUCUAGUGAAAAUAGUGAAAUAUUUCUCGAUACUGCAAUGGUGCUGCAAUCAGGUCGUACAGAUCGCAUAUAUGAUGUAUCAAAGUCAGCAGUGAAAGAAAUCAAACUUUCCGAAGCUGCAGAUAUAAGUGGAAGUGGCAUGCUAGAAUUGGGUUCACAAUAUCAUUUUACAAUGGAACCACAAACAACCAUAGCAGUGCCAUUUGAAGAUGGCUUACAAGUUUGGGCUGCCACACAAUGGUUAGAUCAUACACAAGCUGCGAUUGCCCAGAUGCUUCGAAUUAACAUUAGCAGUGUACAACUCAGAGUGCGUCGCUUAGGUGGUGGCUAUGGUAGUAAGAUUACGCGUGGCAAUCAGGUGGCAUGUGCGGCAUCACUGGUGGCAUUCGUACUAAAUCGUCCAGCUCGCUUUGUCCAAACCAUUGAGUCAAUGAUGAAUUCAAAUGGAAAGCGUUGGGCAUGUACAUCUGAGUAUGAAUUUAAAAUUAGAUCGAACGCAAAGAUCACGGGACUCAAGAAUACAUUUUGGCAAGAUGCUGGCUGUACUCUAAAUGAAAACCCAGUUCCAGUGUAUUCAACGCUAUGCUCAAAAAAUUGUUACCAGUUCACGGCUAACAACUUUAAGUUGGAUGGGAAAGCAGUGCUUACCGACGCGGCUAGUUCAGCUUGGUGCAGAGCUCCUGGUUCAGUUGAAUCUAUUGCUAUGAUUGAAAACAUAUUGGAACACAUUGCAUUUGAAGCUAAGGUAGAUCCAGCAGACGCUAGACUUGUUAAUUUGGAACCUGGCAACAAAAUGACAGAAUUGUUGCCGCGUUUCAUAAAAUCCACCGAAUACCGUGCAAGACGUAAAGAUAUCGAUACUUUUAAUGAAAAGAAUCGUUGGCGCAAACGUGGUUUGGGUCUUGCUAUCAUGGAAUAUCCUAUAAUAUAUCUCGGCAUAUUUACAGCUACGGUAUCAAUAUAUCAUUCUGAUGGCACAGUUGUUAUCUCACAUGGAGGUGUCGAAAUGGGACAAGGUAUGAACACUAAAGUUGCACAAGUCGCUGCCUACGUAUUUGGAAUACCGCUAAAAUUAGUUAAAAUCGAAUCCACUGAUACGAUAAAUGGUGCUAAUUCAGAGGUCACGGGUGGAAGUGUGGGAAGUGAGUCCGUCUGCUUUGCUGUUAGCAAAACAUGUAAUAUACUUAAUGCACGUCUAAGACCUAUUAGAGAGCAACUGAAAAAGAAUGCUACUUGGCAAGAAGUGGUGCAAAAAGCUUUUCAAAAAUCGAUUAAUUUAAUAGCCAGUGAUUGUUGCAAAGAAGGCGAUCUGCAGCAAUACACAGUCUAUGGACUAGGCUUGACAGAAAUCGAAGUGGAUAUAUUAACUGGUAAUAAUAUGAUUAGACGUGUUGAUAUAGUCGAAGACACGGGCGAAAGCUUAAGCCCAUUUGUUGAUAUUGGUCAAAUUGAAGGCGCUUUCGUUAUGUGUUUGGGGUAUUGGUUAAGCGAAAAUCUUGUUUAUGAUCGUCAAACUGGUCAAUUGAUGACUAAUCGUACUUGGAAUUAUAAGCCCCCAGGAGCAAAGGAUAUACCAAUUGAUUUUCGUAUUGAAUUAUUGCAGAAAAGUAAAAAUCAAGGCGGAUUUAUGCGUUCAAAGGCUACUGGUGAGCCCCCUAGUUGCUUAGCGAUAAGCGUUAUUUUUGCUUUGCAACAUGCUAUACAAUCGGCACGUAAAGAUGCAGGCUUAAAGAGGGAAUGGGUGCGCUUAGGUGCUCCAACUACCCCAGAAACAAUUGUGCAAAUGGCAGGAAAUGAUAUUAACAAGUUUUCCUUAGAAUAGUUUGUUAUAAAAACUCUUUUUAUUCAAAGUAUUACUUGUACUGUAUAUAUAAAUAUAUAUUAUUAUGUUAUAAUA